UUCUAGACGUCAGAUGCGCGUGUCCGUCUCUCUCGGCAUCGUAGUGCAAAAAAAACAAGGAUUUCUGGCAGGACACUGAUUGAUUCCCUUGUCUCCCGUGCCGUACGUAAUUUUUUCCUUCUAUUGUGUGUGAAAAAUCAAUUUUCCUGGUGCUGGGAAAAGUGUGUAGCAACCUUCAAAACUAGAGAUUUUGGAAAAUGGCGAAAAACAAAUGCAUAGUUCUGCUUGGAUACGACGACGAACCGAUAGCGGACAAGGACAAACCGUAUUUGAACCAUACGGUGAACAAAAUCGGUGGAAUCGCGAAUUGGCCCGCGGGGGAGAUUGCCAUAGCACCAUGUCCGUUGUGCGGACAGAAUCGCCCACUGGUAGUGCAAAUCUACGCUCCGUUGGAAAAUUCGCAGUUCCACCGGACGUUGUACGUAUUUGCCUGCUUGAAUGCCCCUUGUUCGACCCAGUCGCAGAGUUGGGCUUGCGUGAGGACUCAAGCGCUGGAGAAAAGUCCGGUGGAGAACGAAGCGGCGGCGGCGGCGGCGCAUGUUGUGAAAACGGUUGUGGCCAGCAAUAUUUCGUGGUGUAGCGGGGCGGAUGAUUGGGGUGACGAUGAUGACGGAACGACAGGGGUUGGGGACACUUUCAUGCGUGUCGAUACGGGGAACCUGAUGGAGCCCGAGGAAAAUGGGAAUGUGAUCCGGUACGAGAACAGCAAAAUAUCCGACGAGGAUGAGGAGAGUAACUCGCUGGAGAAUGACCCGGUGCCAGGGUUUGGAAAUCUGAGGGUCGACGAGAGGAACGCCAACGGAGGGGGAGGGGGUGGUGGAGCCAAAGGAGGACUUAUAGAUAAUUUGUACACGAGCAAAGCGACGGCCGAGAUAGAAGGGACGGAGGGCGAUGUGGUGGUCGUGGAUACACCACUGUCACCGAAAAGGGAUUUACUGGCUCUGCUCAAACAGCCGCAGGUUAUUCCCAGGGAUUUGAAGGACGUUACCCUGAAGAGCUUCUAUAUUGCGGUAGAUGAGGAAAGGUCUUCGUCUCCGGUGAUAACGGAACACGUGCGGGAGCUACUACAGGAAUAUCAGAGACAUGAAGAAGUGAAAACCAGCCCGGACAGUCCGAUGGGUGGUCACGGCGGAGCUGCUGCUGGAGGAGGAGGAGCCCAACCGGUACCGAUGGAGCAGGAACUGUACGAAAAAGCCAUCCCCAUCCACGGCGAUCUGAUGUUCCACAACUUUAUGUCGAAGCUGCAGGAAAACCCAGGCCAAAUUCUGCGCUACUCGCGAAAUGCAUCCCCAAUUCUGAUCGCUCCGUUGAAGGAGCUUCUGUCGCCGGUUUGUCAGCACUGUGGUCACGAAAUGGUAUGCGAGGUGCAGAUCCUGCCCACGAUUAUCGAAAAGUUACGGCUGGAGGCCACCGGGGAGAGUGCUCCCAUCGAUUUCGGAAACGUGUUGGUGUGGACCUGUGUCAAGAGUUGCUGGGACACGCCGGACAAGAUGCGAACCGAACAGGUGGUGGUACAGCAGGAGUCUUAAGGCGGGGUUGGGAUCGGUUGUUGGCGCCGAGAUUUUAAAUGAAUUCGAUGAAUGUGGUCAUUUGUGUGUAGUAGAGCAUUAGAGAUUGGAAAGUGAUCUUACCAAACCUGCAAACUGUUAUUAAAGUGUAGUUUAACUAUCUAACGAUAUUACAUAGCAAAUAUGAAAACUAUUCGCUAUCAGUUGUUAAUCCUGUAUAUGGAACCUUGGGUAAAAGGUUAGUUCUGGAUACCUCGGGACUAUGAUCACUAAACAAGUGAUAACCAUGCAAGCUAAAGGGAACGAAAUUAAAUUAAAAACACUUCCAAUCUUGUUUUAUAUCCACAAUUCUGUCAUAUAUUCCAAAAUAGCUGAUUGCAGACUUAUCACGGUCGCCAUAUGAUAUCCAAACAUUACAGAUUAAAAUCCUGUCACGGUCGCCAUGUGAUGGAAUGAGCGAAAAUUUGUGCUCGAAUGCAUUUGUUAUCAAAUCCUUGUACUAAAGUACUCAAACGUUAACGAUUCAAUGAAUCACAGACUAAAACACAUACAUAUUGUGGCAUUUUCAUUUAUAUUUAGUAAAUAUUUGAUCUAAAUUUCACAUUGCUCCACAUUUGUCUAGAUUCAAAUGGACUCCAGGUAUCCAAUACAGGAUUAACACACACCUAACUGUGAAUUUUUACCGUUUUUAGAUAUGUAACUUAGCGUUAAAUAAUAUAACCACUUUCGAAUGAAUUACCUAUGCAAGUCUCAGACUCAAGUAUAAGCGAAAAAAAAUCUAAAAGCAUCGCAAUUUUAGAGCACAUUUCCAACCAAACAUAAUCCGUCAUGUCAAUUGAACGAGGUACCUUAGACCAUCGUCAGCAAUCAACAGAGAACAAGAUUUUAAACGUAAACGUAUCGAGAAACAAAUCUAUUCAAGCAUGUGCGCGCAGCUGAACAUCCGAGGAGCGAGAUCAUUCGGUGGCAGUUUUUUGAUAGAACAAUUUUAAUGUGAACUGAUGUGCUAAAUGAUGGUUUGUAGAAUAGAAGAAGGUCUUCCUGCGUGCUGUAUCUCCAAUAGGGUGCGUCAUAACGAUCGAGUUUUUAUUUAGGUCCUGAUCAAUUUGAAAAAAAAAACUUCUGAACACCAGAUUUGGACAACAAAAAACGAAAAAUUAUUAUCUCUCUUUAUCCGAGUAUCUGUUUUCACAUCCAACAAUGACCCACCCUAGACCACAUCCUACCGGAAAGACUAGAUGCUUCACCCUCUCUAGAGAGUGAAAGCAAAGCAACACUAUAUCCCCUCUGAUAGAUUUGGAUGUUGGUUUUACAAUGCAAUUAGUCAGCAUUUUCAGGUAGUUCGCAUUUCUUAAAACGAGAACUAACACCAGUAACGUAGGUAUUUUAACGAACAUAUGCAUUUUAAACUUAAAUCGCCAAUAUGGUGGCAGUGCAAUUAGCUGCCCCGUAGAAAUGACCGUGCGAAAUUCCGUUAAAUCAGGUUAUAACACACAGUUUCCUUUACUCUUCGAAAGCGUUCAGUAGCCAAGUUAAAUGAAUACCAUGAAGACUGGUUCGCUUGCAAUCCUGAAGAUCGUUUGAAACGGUAAUUAUUUAAGCCGUUGUUAAUGACAGCUCGUUGAAAAAGUUUUUAGUACCGUUUCACAUCGAAUACUGGAUUCUGUUUGAAGUGAUGAAAGAAAGCAAGACCAGAUUUCAUAAAGCAACAGUAAAACAACAAUAUUAUAAGGAUCCUUCAUCAGGGCAUGAAUAUCCACCAACAACUAGAAGUUGUGAACAUUUCAAGAUGGAUGUUUCUGACUAUUAUCUAUGAAUUAGUAUGAAAACUAUUCAAUAUCUGCAUGACAGUGAUAGAAAACGUCUGAAACACAAUAAGUUCAUUAUAAAUUACCAUUUCAAGCGUUCUUCAGGAUUCUAAAUGAGCCAGUCUUCAUACAAUCCGUACUAAGAAAUAAACCAAAAACAUACGAAUUAAACGUUUAACAGUA